AUGAUGCGUAUCUCGAUACGACGAUUCAGCGUUUCACUGCGUGUACGAAACCAAAUCUCAAGUCUUGCCUUGCGCCCUUACCAACAAGAAUGUGUUGAUACGUGUCUAAAAUCGCUUGAGACUACCCGCCGAAUAGCAGUUAGCCUUGCUACCGGAGGAGGCAAAACUGUCAUAUUCAGUCAUUUGAUCGACCAGAUUCCACCGAAUCCGAAAACUGGAAGCUCGAAAACGCUCAUAUUGGUGCAUCGCAAAGAACUGGCAGACCAGGCCAUUGCGUCUCUGCGAAGGGUAUACCCUGAAUACAAAAUAGAACUGGAUAUGGCAAAUCGCAAACCUUCUCAUGCACCAGACAUUGAUGUUGUUGUUGCCUCGGUUCCAACUCUGAACAGGAGCACUCAGCGUCUAGAAUCUCACGAUCCAGGUGAAUACAAGGCUAUAGUCGUCGACGAAUGCCAUCACGGCGUCGCAGACUCGUAUACCAAGAUACUGAAGCAUUUCGGCUGUGACUCUGCUGAUUGUGAUAUAGCGCUGCUCGGGUUCAGCGCCACAUUGUCGAGAUACGAUGAGCUGCCACUUGGUCUUGUUUUUGACGAAAUUGUGUUUGACAAAAAUUUGGUAGACCUCAUUCGAGAAGGCUAUUUGUCUGAUUUUUCGUGGAUCCAGGUUUCUGCGGGUCUGGAGCUCUCCCAGGUUGCCAUCGGUCAAGACGGAGACUAUAAGAUGGACGAGCUGGCGAGUCAUGUUAACAAAGACGAAAUCAACGCCCUGGUCUUUCAAAGUUACCAGCAUUUUGCAGAGAAGUAUCAACUGAGAUCAUCGUUGUUCUUUUGUGUCAAUGUUGCCCAUCUGGAAAGUUUAUCGCUGGUUUUUCGCUCCAACGGCGUGAACGCUCAAUAUGUAACAGGCAAUACGUCCAAGUUUGAGCGUGAAAGACUGAUCGCAGAAUUCUCAAAUGGGCAGCUGCCUGUUCUAAUGAACUGUGGUGUGUUCACAGAAGGCACAGACAUUCCGAAUAUUGACUCGAUAUUUAUAGUACGUCCGACACAAUCGAAAACUCUCCUUACUCAAAUGGUGGGGCGUGGGCUACGGCUUCAUGAGAACAAACAUAGAUGCUACGUGAUUGAUUUCGUGGACGCACACAAAGUGGGUGUUCAUUCUAAUCCCACUCUGGAAGGGAAGAUGAAAACAAAUGGGGUCUCCUUGUUUGAGAGCGAUACUGGUCGCGGCAAACAGGAGGGUCCAGAAAUAGAAGACAUAAAAUACAUGGAGUAUGACACUCUUGAUGGCUACCAAAAGAUUUUCGAAAAAUUUAAGGAGCAAGAAGUGGUCCAGACAGAGAAUAUAAUUGGCAAAUUCAAGACAAGCCAGUUUCCGUGGAUCCAGUUGAGGCGAGAUGUUUGGGGACUCAGCAUUGGAAACGAAGAGUUCUAUCAAAUUAAAAUAUACCCCACCGGUGCUAAAAUCUUGUCUUUUGUCAAAACCAUUCGUCGCGGCAAGAUCAGAUACCCAGAGUCACAAAAAGUAGCUGAGAAGGCGACCCUCGAGGAACUCUUUGCAGAGUUCGAAAAGCAACUUGAGAAGUAUCCUGAAAAGUAUCGAAGCUAUCGUCAGACAUUGAUUCGUGGCGCGAUCACUCAAAAACAGCGAGAUUUCAUUAGAAGCGUUACUAUAAACCUGAUCGAUAAGAAUCCCAAGAUAGACAAAGCGAAGUUCAUUGGAUUGCUGGACAAAAAGCUGAAUGUUAUGAGCAAAUUCGCUGCUUCGAACCUCAUUUUUGCUUACACAGUUUCGAGAACAAACGCUCUGAAGCUGUUCGUCAAGCAACAAGUUCUCCCCUCGAAAGCACUCCAGAAAUACGUAGUCUCGCGAUGA